CAUUCCACCAGCCUCAGCCAUUACUGACAUUCCUUAGUUCAGCGCCUGACAGAACGUGUAAUAAGCGCAGUGCAUGCUGGGAAAUGUAGUUUCGACGUUGCUUCCACCAGGAAGUGAAAUCUGCGCGCUGCAUUCUGGGAGGCGAGGACGCCCACUUGCCUCAACCUGCCGCUUCCCCUCCCAGCAUGCACUGCGACUGAAAGAUGUCAAGUUUAGUGAUGGAGACUGGAACUACCGAGAAGGAUGGGGAUAACGCGAGGGCCCGAGCGCGCAGUGACAGCGGCGAAGACUCAUUGGAUAAUCUGCUUACUCGUCUGCCCCUCACUCCUUCUCUUUCCCCUCGCAAACGAACCACCAGUCAAAGCAAGACAGAACCCCCACUGCUGCGCACCAGCAAGAGGACCAUUUAUACUGCUGGCCGCCCACCCUGGUACAAUGAAUCCGGGACACCUUUUAAAGAAGCCUUUGUUAUAGGUCUUUGUGGUGGGAGCGCUUCCGGCAAGACCACAGUGGCCAAUAAGAUCAUUGAAGCUCUGGAUGUUCCCUGGGUUGUUCUUCUGUCAAUGGAUUGCUUCUAUAAGAUACUCAGUAAGGAGGAACAGCAGUUCGCUGCCAAAAACGAGUACAACUUCGACCACCCUGACGCGUUUGACUUCGAUCUACUGGUAAAUGUGGUGCGCAAACUCAAGAAGGGGAAAAGCGUGAAAGUUCCGGUGUAUGAUUUUACUACACACAGUCGCAGGAAGGAGUGGAAAACCGUCUAUGGAGCCAAUGUGGUGAUAUUCGAAGGGAUCUUGGCAUUUGCCAACAAGGAGCUACUGAAGCUCCUUGAUAUGAAGGUGUUUGUGGAUACUGACUCUGACAUCAGAUUGGUGCGCAGACUGAAGCGUGACAUCACUGAGCGUGGCCGUGACAUCGUAGGAGUGAUCAAGCAAUAUAACAAGUUUGUGAAACCGGCCUUUGAGCAGUAUAUAGAGCCCACAGUGCAGCUGGCUGACAUUGUGGUACCCAGAGGUGGAGAAAACUUUGUGGCGUUGGAUUUAAUUGUGCAACACGUGCAUAGCCAGCUGGAAAAGCGGAUGCAGCGAUGGGACAUGGCUGCACUGGCUUCUGCUCACCAGGGACAGCCCCUUCCUGACACCCUCAGUGUUCUGCCAAAAACCCCUCAGGUACGAGGGAUGCACACCAUUAUCAGGAACAAGGACACCAAUCGGGAUGAGUUCAUCUUCUAUUCCAAGCGCCUGAUGCGACUCCUAAUUGAACAUGCUCUUUCCUUCCUCCCCCUCAGUCCUGUGACUGUGGAGACUCCCCAAGGCACUUUAUACCAAGGGAAAAGAUUUCAUCGACAGAGGCUGACCGGUGUGUCUAUUCUCAGAGCUGGAGAGACCAUGGAGCAGGCGCUGAUGGCAGUGUGUAAGGACAUUCGCCUGGGGAAGAUCCUUAUACAGACCAAUCACAACACAGGAGAGCCAGAGUUGCAUUACUUGCGUUUGCCUAAGGAGAUCGGGGAGGAUUAUGUGAUGUUGAUGGACAGUACUGUAUCUACUGGAGCUGCAGCCAUGAUGGCAAUAAGGGUGCUACUGGACCAUGAUGUUCAGGAGGAGAAGAUUUUCUUGCUGUCGCUGCUCAUGGCAGAGAUGGGGGUCCAUUCGGUGGCGUAUGCCUUCCCACGUGUCAGAAUCAUCACCACAGCAGUAGAUAAACGCGUCAACCAGGAGUUUCACAUCAUCCCCGGCAUUGGUAACUUUGGGGACAGGUUCUUUGGUACAGACGCCCCCUCUGACUGGCAUGAAAGUGAUGAGUACAACAUGGAUUACUGAGCCCCUCAGCUGGGGGCACAUUAACUCUUUCCUGUAUUUAUUGCUCAUUUGAGCUGAUGCUUGGGGGUUAUUGUUUGAGUGACAGGUUUCCUUUAACCCAUUCCCUGCCUGCUGAUGUGAGCGCACCAUUCCCUGCCAUGUUUGCACUGGCCACUGCCCCCCCCUCGUGCGUCUCAGAUUCCCGGCAGUUUUCUUUGGAAAUAAAGUAUUUUUAGUUAGUGA